GGUUGCCCGUCCUUUCACGAACUGCGUGAGGUAACACAAACGCGGAUUCCAUGUCUUUUCUUGUAAGUAAACCCGAACGGAUUAGGCGGUGGGUGUCUGAAAAGUUCAUUGUUGAGGGCUUAAGAGAUUUCGAACUGUUUGGAGAGCAGCCUCCGGGUGACUCUCGGAGAAAAACAAAUGAGGCGAGCUCCGAGUCGAUAGCUUCUGCCCCUAAAAGGGACACCAUGAGCAACUUCCUGCCAGACAGCAGCUGUUACGAGUUGCUCACUAUCAUCGGCAGAGGCUUCGAAGACUUGAUGGUUGUGAACUUGGCCAGGUAUAAACCCACAGGAGAGUAUGUCACAGUCAGAAGAGUGAACUUGGAGGCCUGCACAAAUGAAAUGGUCACGUUCUUGCAGGGGGAACUUCAUGUUUCCAAGCUCUUCAACCACCCUAACAUCGUGCCAUACAAAGCAACUUUCAUAGCUGACAAUGAGCUAUGGGUGGUGACAUCUUUCAUGGCCUAUGGUUCUGCAAAAGAUUUAAUCUGUACCCAUUUUAUGGAUGGGAUGAAUGAACUGGCUAUCGCAUAUAUCCUCCAAGGCGUAUUGAAAGCCCUUGACUACAUCCACCAUAUGGGCUAUGUACAUAGGAGUGUUAAAGCCAGCCAUAUCCUGAUCUCUGUAGAUGGGAAGGUGUACCUCUCUGGCCUGCGAAGUAAUCUAAGUAUGAUCAACCAUGGGCAGCGACUCAAAGUUGUUCAUGACUUCCCCAAAUACAGCAUCAAAGUCCUGCCUUGGCUCAGUCCUGAAGUCUUGCAGCAGAAUCUCCAGGGUUAUGAUGCAAAAUCUGACAUUUACAGCGUGGGGAUAACAGCCUGUGAGCUGGCAAAUGGACACGUACCAUUUAAAGACAUGCCUUCUACUCAGAUGCUCUUGGAGAAGCUGAAUGGAACUGUUCCCUGCCUGCUGGACACCACCACAAUUCCUGAUUUGACUAUGAAGACCUCCCGUUCCAGCGCUAACUAUGGGAUGGGUGAGAACAUGGCUACUAGCAAUGUGAGAGCGGCCAAUGGGGAGCCAGCCCUGCACCCCUAUCUUCGGACCUUCUCCACCUACUUCCAUAACUUUGUAGAGCAGUGCCUCCAGCGGAACCCCGACUUCAGGCCAAGUGCAGGCACUCUGCUGAAUCAUCCCUUUUUCAAGCAGAUCAAGCGCCGCGCCUCUGAAGCACUCCCUGAACUUCUGCGCCCCGUCACCCCAAUCACCAAUUUGGAAGGAACACGGCCCCAGGAUCCCAGUGGCAUUUUUGGGCUGGUAUCAAACCUGGAGCAGCUGGAUGUGGAUGACUGGGAAUUCUAGAAAAACAGGGACUAUACCUGCUUCUGGACAUUGUUAAUUUAUUGGUCCUGUUCAUAAAA